AUGAAUGCACAGAAGUCACGCGUUGCAUGUAUGUCAAAUAAGUUUAAAAACAUAAGAGAAAUAGGAGAGGAUACAUAUCAAGUGAUGCUUAAAGAUAGAUUUUAUAGAUGUGAUACAUGUUUACAAGAGGCAUUUUUUACUUUAGAUAACGCAAAAUACUGGUAUUUGGUUUUCAUUUAUGAUUUUAUGUAUAAAUGCAUGGAUGUUAAUCGUUUUCAUUUCAUUGAAGGUGAUACUGAUUCAUCUUAUUGGGCAAUCGCUGGCGAUCCAAGUCUUCCUAACACUCAAGCAUUUCAGGCGAUUGUUACCGAUAAAAAAUUUUAUGAUAAAAACAUUUUCAAAUUCGCACCAUUUGAUUUCUUCUGUUUUGAUGAGAAAUUUAAACCUAAAUUAAAGAAUAAAGCUGAAGAAAAAGCACAUGAGAAAAAAUUAUUGGGUUUAGCAAUUGAGAAACAAGGUGAUAACAUGGUUGCUUUAUGUCCUAAGUGUUAUACAUCAUUCAACGGUUCAAUUGAUGGAAGUGAUUUUAAAAAGAUUGCACAAAAAAUGAAGGGUGUUAGUUUAAGACAAAAUAAGCAAUUAACACCUAAAAAAUAUUUGGAUAUAAUAAAUGAUAAAGUGAUAUUUGAUGGUCAAAAUAUUAAUUUACAACUUAAAAACGGGUCAAUGACUCGCUUAACAAUCGGUAAGACUGCAUUAACAGGAGCACACACUAAGGUUGUAUGUUGUGAAAAUGGAUGUUGUAUGCCAUUUAUUUAA